UGUCUAGUUUGUUUUCUACCUUUAAACAUGAAGAUUUUACUAAUUAUUCUCAUCUUACACAAUGUUAACGCUUUAGAUCCGGCAGCUUAUGGAAACCCUUCCGGUCAACUUUCUACUCAGGACCCGGUGCCGAACCUAGAGUAUCAAGCUAGAUAUACUAUAAAUGUGCUCAAUAGGAAUGGAAACCAACUAGAUAUCAGCAUGAGACUUAAAGAUGCUCAGAAUAAACUAAUAACAUUUCAAGCCAGAAAACGAGAAGGACAUUUCACCAACUAUCAGGAAAUAACUUUAUUCGAUUUAUUUACGUUUUUAAUCUUUUUUUUUCAAACACAUUGUCCUUCUACCCUGUUCAAAAUGAUGCCUGUGCAGGGUGUUGCAAAAAAAUCUAAAUUGGAAACAUCGCUUAGGAUUAGUUUUGUAAUUUGUAACUUUUUAAACUCUGAAAUUGUACCUGUUAACCCUAAGAAACUCCACCAUAUCGUCAGCGUUAUUUCUAUUCAAUAAAUGAAACAAAGACGAUCUCUAUCUGCUUUAAAUUGUUAUGAUUAUGAACGUAUAAAGAAGUUUCAUUUUGUAUAACCCGGUUUUUGUCCUUGCUUAAAAUUAUCAUCAAAGCUAAAGUAGUAAAUGUACGCAUACUAUCAAUUUAUGCCAAAUUACUACUUGAAAUGAUGUCAGAUGUUCGAUGGCAAUAUAAGAUGGAUGCAUGCCGGU